GCCAUAAUGUCUUAAAUACAAAUUCCAGCUAUGUUCUGUUGCAAGCAGAAAUAAGUGAAAAAUCCAACAAUGCGAGCUUUUGGACGAUCAGCUGGCCCUGUGUCUCUGCUCGUCCGUUCACGGAGAGUGGUUAUCCAGGCCGCUUGUGCACUUUUAAAUCCCGCAAAGUAAAUAACAACCCUGGCAAUAAUAGCAAGGUACCAAGUUCUUGUUACAGAAAGGGAGAAAAUUGAAACUAAACGCUGCAUUUAGACGACCAUUUUUGAUAAGAGGAUAAUUGAGGCGACACUGGCGUAUAAUUAGCGGAUAAUUUAUGCUAUAUCUACUUUUAUUCCACCUCCAAAAAUAAACUUCGUCCAUAAUCAUUACAGAUGAAUUGUUCACAAUUUUAUUGGAGCAAUUUGAAUACAGUGUAGCGGGUAAUCAAAUGGGAUUUGGAUAUAACUGAUUGCGACUAUAAUUAGUUUUUCAUCACCAUUUAAAGUAAAUGAACGCCAUAUUAUGAAGUAACGUGUUGACCAUAAAAAUGAAACGAUGUGAAAUGUGAAUUAAGUGAGCGUUGUAGUGUGUAUUUACAGCGUGGUUUAUAAUGUGAACGCGAUUUGCCAAACCACUAACUGCAUGUGCAAUUUACAUACAUUUUCAACUGUAACGAGCUCCUGAUUGCAGCGGGGAAAUGCUGUCAGUUAGCCGGGACAUCCAAUGACAGAACCUUGGACUGUGACUUGUGCGUAAUUACGAUAGAGCUAGCACGCAUCGCGUAAUUACGCAGUUAACAAUUAAGUUUAUACGAAUUCGUUACGGAAGUGUUCAGAUUAGGCUACUCUCUUAAUAAUUGAUCAUAAUUCGCAAGACUCUAAACGAUUGCUCUAUUCGUAAAAUUAUAGUGCCAGCUUUAACACGAUUGUAAUAUAGCCUACCCUGAUCAUCAGCUCACUGGCUCAUUAACGCAACUUAAUCAGAUCAGACGCUGUUCAUAACCUGUUAUUGUGGUUAUCACACCUUUCAAACCCUUCUUGUCUUUAAAAUCAUAUUUACAAGUAAUUGUUUUGUGAACUACCGAGGGAUACCCCACCGUUAUUAUCCUCCUCAUAGAGCAGUUAAGAUAGGUUAACUCGCUGUAAAGUCUCAGCUAAGCAGAGAACUGAUGACGUGAGGUUGAGUGACCAAUAGGAAGGCGCUGCCCUUUGGAGACAAACCAUUUUACUUGUAGUGUCUGCAUCAAGUCUAGAAGCAAGGACUCAAAUUUAACAGAAUCCACCUUAUAAUCUCCUGCCUUUACUCAAGCCCACCUUUCGCCAUACCGCGCGAGAAAAACGGAAGGGAGAAAAAAGAGGGAUUUCGGAGUAAUAAGGCAGCAUUCUCUAAACAAGGGGGAAAGAAGACCACAACAGGACCUAUUUGGGCUUGAGAGACGGGAGGGGGGAGUAAGUACUCUCAAGGCAGAAAAUUUGAUGAUGACCAUGACUACGAUGGCUGACGGUCUGGAGGCUCAGGACUCGUCAAAAUCGGCUUUCAUGGAGUUUGGUCAGCAGUCGCACUCGCAGCAGAGCUCUCCGUCGAUGGCCGCCAGCCACUACCCGCUCCACUGCCUCCAUUCCGGCUCCCACGCUCACCAGCACGACAACUCUCCGUAUUCAGGCUCAAACUCGUAUAACAGGUCGCUACCAUACUCGUACAUGAGCCAUCCGCACCACAGUCCAUACCUGCCGUCCUACCAUAAUAACGCCGCCGGCACACAGACGAGGUUAGACACAGAACAGCAGAAAACAACAGUGAUUGAAAACGGAGAAAUACGUUUCAACGGGAAAGGCAAGAAGAUUCGAAAGCCGAGGACGAUUUAUUCCAGUUUGCAGCUUCAGGCAUUAAACCACAGAUUCCAGCAAACCCAGUAUCUUGCUCUGCCGGAGCGCGCGGAGCUGGCGGCUUCCCUCGGGCUCACACAGACACAGGUAAAAAUCUGGUUCCAGAACAAAAGGUCGAAGUUUAAGAAGCUGCUGAAGCAAGGCAGUAAUCCCCAUGAGAGUGACCCGCUGCCGGGCUCCAUCGCUCUGUCCCCGCGCUCUCCGGCCAUCCCUCCCAUAUGGGACGUGUCCGCGUCUUCCAAGGGAGUGAAUAUGUCUGCCAACAGCUACAUGCCCGGCUACUCACACUGGUACUCCUCACCUCAUCAGGACUCUAUGCAGAGAUAGGCUGCGAAUCAUUGGCGGUAUAGGCCCGAGGCCUCGUCGCUGACCCUCGUUUAGUUUCUCCCAGCGCAGUGAUAACAACAGUGACCCACAUUGCCAUCUGUAAAAUACAAACUGAGGACAUUUUUCCUGUGGGAAGUUUCAUGUGAAGGAUAAACAAUGAUCUCUUGCGUGGCGGACAGUGGAUCUAAACUCAAAUGGGAUUGAUUUAACAACCCGCCAGUUAUAUCUGUUGACUUGUAAACCAAACACAUAGCUCCAUCACCAGCAUGGGACAAAAGUGGAAGCGGAAAGAAACACUGACGCCUUUUCAAAUAACCCAUGUGUCACAUGUGAAAACGAACUAAAAAAAAUUUGCGGUCUUUGCGUUAUGAUUACAUGUUUUUCAUCAAGCAAAAGAAAGCAAAUCGCUUGUAAAUAUGUUGUCUAAUUUUAGUUGUAAAAUACUUUUUAUGUUUUGUCAUAAAUCGAGUAAAAAAACAUGGCUUCAAACAA